AUGGCUGCUCCUGCUGAAAGAAAAAAAGCUUCUAGAAAAAAGAAGGAUCCAGAAGCUCCAAAAAGGAGUCUUUCUGCGUACAUGUUCUUCGCCAACGAAAACAGAGAUAUUGUUAGGGCUGAAAAUCCUGGCAUCUCAUUUGGUCAAGUUGGAAAAGUUUUAGGUGAUAAAUGGAAAGCGUUAAGUGACGAUGAUAAAGCUCCUUACCAAUCAAAAGCUGAUGCUGAUAAGAAAAGAUAUGAAAAAGAAAAAGCUGAAUAUGCUAAAAAAUCUUCAGCUUAA